AGAGAGAGAGAGAGAGAGAGAGAGAGAGAGAGAGAGACACACACACAUACAUACACAUACAUAAACACACACACACACACACACACACACACACACACACACAGAGAGAGAGAUGGGUCACAUGUCAGAGCGUACACCGGCACAGAGAAAGAAGGAAGCGAAAGCGACUCUCAGCACCGUCCGUGUCCGGGAAGCAGUGAGUGUCCGCCGGGUUCAGCCGCCGGGUCCAGCCGCCGGUUCUAUGGUUCUGCUCCGGCACAUCUCCAUCGCCUUGACCGCCGCCGUGGCUGCUCUGGGCUCCGCGCUCUUCAUCGCCCUGAACUUCUUCUACAAGAGGAAGGUAUGGUCUCCUCAGGCGGAGUACUGCACGAUCAAAGAGGAGGAGGAGGAGCGUGGGAAGCGUCAGGUUCUGGUCCUCGGGCUCGACGGUGCUGGAAAGAGCAGCAUGUUGCAGGGUCUGACCCCCGGGGAGUCAGCGGCUAAAAGAGGCCGCUGCAGACCCACCCGCGGCUUCAACUUCAUGAGCCUGAACGCCCCCGCCUGUCAGCUCGACUUCCUGGAGAUUGGUGGUGGAGAGGACCUUCGUCGGUACUGGUCAGACUACCUGAGUAGGACCCACGUUCUGGUUUACGUGGUGGACUCAUCGGACAGGAGCCGCUUCCCGUUGGCUAAGGCUGAACUACACCGCCUGCUGACGGUGGAGCCUCUGCUUCCCGUGGUCGUCCUCGGGAACAAGCAGGAUAAGCCGAACGCUGUGAGCGUGUCGGAGCUGCAUGACGCCUUGUCUCUGGGCUCCGUGACGGAGGAGAGAAAGCUGUUCCUCUUGGCUGCCCAGCUGGGCUCUGACGGGGCCCUGAGGAACUCCUGCCGGGGCCUGGACACCUUCCAAGACCUGCUGCUCCAGCUCGUCUGAUCUCUACCCCACUCGCAGAGGAAGAGAGGAGGAGACGGAGGGACGAGAAUAAAGGGAUGGCUUAAAGGAAUCAUCCUCCUCCUCUUCCUCUUAUUUAUUAAAGCUCUGGCUUGUGCGAGGCAGAGGAGGAGGAGAUGAAGAAAGCUGCUGGAUUUGAAGCAGAGAAAUUAUUGAAGAAGAGAUUUAGAGGACGCCAAAACGGAGAGCAGAGUCGUGCAGUACCUCCUCGGCUUCCUCUUCAUAGUUUUCGAACCACGUAUGUUUGAAAAUAGCAACUUUUGAAUUGUCUUACUCACAGAUGAAGAGGCGGUGCAGAGUGAGGAGGACAAGGACAGCAGGUGGGACAGAAGGGUGAAGGUCUGUUCACGAAGUCUGUGACUCAGAAAUACGAAGUUCACCUCCUGUUAGUGACUCAGACUCUGGACUAGACUUGACGUCUGUUGACAAGCAUGUAGGUUUCUCUGUAUAUAAGCUGGCACAUGUGGAGGCUUUAGAUUCAUACAGGUUUUGUUUGUGUGUUUAAAAAAGUCAGGGGAGCAGAACAGGUGAUAUUCUGGGUUGCCAAGUUGGAAUCCCAGGAGACACCAACCUGCACCUCCUCGGUGAAUUAAUGGCUCGUGUGUUUGGAAGAUUCUCGCUGACUCCUACACGGAGGCUUUUCUGAGAUUUGGGGGAUUUUCGUGAGGGAAUUUAAAGGGACCUCCUGACAGUUCAAAAAGCAGUAUUUUAUUUUUAUUCUCACGACUCGAACGCCAAGCUCCGUGAGGAAGUUUCCACGCUUUUCCGUGACUUUCCUCUCAACAGUAGGAGACUAUUUUAGGCUUCAUUGUUAGAAACAUGUUGGUGUGUGGUCACGUGUGUAGCCCUGACAAUACUCAAAUUACAAUCCAAUAAGCACAUAUUGUCUUCUCUUAUCAGCCUGUUAAAACUUACAACUGAAUUAUUUUAGCAGAAUUAGAUGUCAGAAAAAAACAGAAUGUGCAUAAAGACUUAAGUUUACUUUCUGACUGAUUCCACUGCACUCUUGGUGAAUCUCUUUCUCUUUCUCUUUCUCUUCACAUUCAUGGCAACAUUCAUUGUAAAGUACACCAGAGAAGCCAGGUUAAAAUGAAGAAGUAUCAAUCAAUCAAUCAAUCUUUAUUUGUAUAGCGCCAAAUCACAACAAACGUUAUCUCAAGACGCUUUUACAAACAUAGGAGGUCUAGACCACACUAUGUCAAAUUAUGAACAGAGACCCAACUUCAAGACAGCGUAAGACUCAGUCUGACCCCACCUUAAUCUAUCAUGAGCAUUGCACAUCGCAGUAUUUAGCUAGUUACAGUGGUGAGGAAAAACUUCCUUUUAACAGGCAGAAACCUCGAGCAGAACCAGACUCAUGUUAGACAGCCAUCAUGCCUCGACUGAGUUGGCUCUGUAAAGACAGAUAGAGGGGAGUAAGAGAGAGAGGUGAAAGUGAUGAGACGAGUCGUAGAAGCUGUUGCCGCUGGAGUCCAGAUCGUCCACAGCAGGAGGACAUCUACGGCAGCUCAGAGGAAUCUACGAGACAAUGGAGCUCAGGGACUCCAGAAAGGUCUAUGGUUAGUAACUUUAAUGGGACAGGCAGAGUUAAAGUAAGUGAUGAGGGGGUUGGGGGGAAGGGGGUGAGCUAGGAUCCCAGUGUGUUAGUGCGCCAGUUCCCCCGGUAGUCUAGGCCUAUAGCAGCAUGACAAAAGCUGGUCCAAGCCUGAUCCAGCUCUAACUAUAAGCUUUAUCAAAAAGGAAAGUUUUAAGCCUACUCUUAAAAGUGGAGCGGGUGUCUGCCUCCCGGACCCUGACUGGUAGAUGAUUCCAAAGGAGAGGGGCCUGAUAACUGAAGGUUCUACCUCCCAUACUACUUUUAGAGAUUUUAGGUACAACUAGCAAGCCUGCAUGUUGGGAGCGUAGAGUUCUAGAGGGGUAAUAGGGCACUAUGAGCUCUUUAAGAUACGAGGGUGCCUGAUUUUUAAGGGCUUUGUAGGUUAAAAGAAGGAUUUUAAAUUCUAUUCUACAUUUUAUUGGGAGCCAGUGUAGAGAAGCUAGCACUGGAGAGAUGUGCUCCCUCUUCCUAGUUCUAGUCAGUACUCGAGCUGCAGCGUUUUGAACUAGCUGAAGAAUCUUUAGAGACUUAUUGGUAAGAGGGAGUUACAGUAAUCUAACCUGGAGGUAACAAAUGCAUGGACUAGUUUUUCUGCGUUGCUCUGAGAUAGGAAGUGUCUAAUUUUAGAAAUAUUGCGCAAGUGAAAAUAGGCUGACCUUGAGAUUUGCUGAAUUUGGGAGUUGAAGGAUAAAUCUUGAUCAAAUAGGACUCCUAGAUUCCUAGCCGAGGUAGUAUCUAAUCUGGGAACCUGAAGGCCACCAUAUGCUGAUGAUAUAUGCCUCUGAGGAUGAUGGUCAGCUUUUCUGUGUUUCUGGUGUAGCUAGCGGUUACCGAUAAAUGACUGCCAGGACUUCUUUUUCCGUGCACUGCCUUGUUUAGAGAAUCGGCCGCUUGCAAAGAUCAAAAACAAAGUGAAGUUUGCCCCUCCAGAUAUGUCUGCAAGAUAAUCAAUUCUUGGUUCAUUACAUCCCCCCAAUAAGUCACGCCCAUUCACCUGUUUCUGGUGAGUCUCGGUUUCACUGUUGAAAGUAAGUCACACAGAGGCUUCACUCUGGAUUACUUCUGUGGUGUGAACCUGAAAAAAGGAACCGGUUUCUCGGUGGAUAACCUGCAGGUCUUAAGUUUGCUGAAUUAACAACAAAAUGGGACUAGAAGGAGAAAAGAGAAGAAAACAACUUUUAAUGUGUUGAUCAUUCCUGAUGCAUUCAAGGAAGUUAGGAAAUCUUGGCUUUCCUGACACAACAUCAAGCAGAUUUGUGUUUAAAUGUUUGAUUUAGAACAGACUUGCAGAUAUCUGUUAGUGGCAGAUUACCACCAACAGGAGUCGGGAUGUCAGUACAGUGGAUUGCGCUCUGCCUGCUUUUGCUUAACAUACAGCUGGCUGUAACGUGAUUGGUCAGUACAACUCAGACUACAAACAGAAACCAGAAAACUUCCUAUAUUCAAAUCCAGACUAUACCUAUAGAUUCUACAUUUUUGUACAGAAUAGUAGUAGACCAUGUAAAUGAGUAACAUAUUAACUACAAUUUCAAAUCUCAAACUCACAACGCCCUUUGGUUGCAGAGGACUUACACCCCACUUGCUUACUCUGACUUAAUGUUCCUUAUGUCUUAUUUCAGAAACAUGUCACAUUAAAAAAAACUGAUAAAUAACAAGAGGAAUACAAAACAGGAAUACAAUCGUAAAUUUCAAAGUGACCAAACUUUAUUUUUUCAAAUCUGUUUCUAAGCCAAAAAAAUCUGUAAAUUUUAUAUUUCCUGUUAUGUGAAGAGAAAUCAUGUUGUAGUUGAUAUAACAGAAGUUUAAUUUGAUUAUAAUUUAUGUUAACUGACUUUUAGACCUGAGAUAUGAGGCUGUUUUUGCUUGUUAUGUAUUUGACUGCAGGAUCUUUCAUGUUUGUUCAAAUUGGUUAAACACAGCCCGUAAGAAUGUGCCCUUUAAGUUAUGUCAGACAACCAAAUGUUGUUGUGUAUGGGUUCGUAGAAGUACCCAGAGGCAGUUACUGCUCAGUUAAUUUUAUUGCCAACUCCAAGAAAUGUUUCUGGAUUACCUCACUUGGACUGUCAAUGCUUUUUCUCCUAAUUAAGCGAGAAAGAAAACAAAGGUAGGAGGCGGGUUACACAAUGAAGAUGUACGGAUACUCAUCAUCCCAUCUGAAGAAUUCAAGCUCAGUGGUAUUAGCCCAGUUUGUAUUAUCCUCUUUAAAAAGCUACACUUCAAAUCAUGUUAGCUCUGCAGUUCAGUCACUGUUAGAAGUCACGUAGAAAUGAUUAGUCUCUUAAUUGAAUGUAUAAAUGCUACUUUUACAGAUGAGCUGUAGCUAGAUUCUGGUCGUUUAUGCUGUUAGUGUGCAGCAGUGUUUGCUGUUAUUUUCUCAAUGAAUGUAAAGUUUUAUUCUCUAUGAUUUGAUUCUGCAGAAAUGUUUUCACAGAUUGUGAGUUGUGUUAAUGUUCACUGUUCUUUAUAAUUGAUUGUUUUUUUUUUUCAUGUGUUAUGUAAAAGAAGUGAUGAAUGUUAGCUCAUGCAUGUCUUAAUGUUUUGGUGCUCUCCUCUAAAACAUUAAAAGUAUCAGCUGAAGUUUCAUAAACAAGUCGUGUCCAUCUGGGUUUUUAAGUGAAGGGAUUUUACUGGUUAUACAGUCAGUUUGAUGCUCCAGUGUCGACUUGAGGCUGGCUGCAAAAGCCAAAGAGUCCCAACUAGAGCCCAUAUUGAAAUAUUACUUUCUAGAAUAGAGUAAAAGAUGUUUACAGCCUGGUUCAAAAAACAGUUUGGUCUUUAUAUUUCCUGUCAAUGUUUGUGACAACUGUACAAGGGGAAUAUUUUUGUUAUAAACAUCUGUUUUGAACAU